AUGAGUAGCGAGGACGAACUAGAUGAUCUGCUGGAUGAGUUUCAAGAUGAGAUGCUCAGCAGGGAGCCCGGGUCCGCAAUGGCAGAGAACACCCAGGAGGCGGCUUCAAGCUCCGACUUGAAAGAUCUUAGUGAACAAGAGAUAGAGCAGAAAAUACAAGAGAACUUUGAGAAUAUGCUAAGCGAAAUGGCUAGUGUAGAUCCUAAAACCUCCUCUGAACUGCAGAAUUUCAUAAAAGAUCUUGAAGGAUCUGCCACUCCAUCAUCAACGAAAGACAAGAAGGAUUUCAAAUCGGUAAUAUCAGAAACUGUCAAUAAGAUCAGAGAUGGAGGAGAUAAAAUUGAUGAACAGAUUAAAAGUGAACAGCCAGACGAACUUUUAUCGCAGCUUUUAAAGAAUUUGGAUAUCGGAGAUCUGGGAGACUUGCUUAACGAUGAAGGUGGAGAUGGAAAUGACAACAUAGGCAAGAUGCUAGUGGAAAUGUUAGACCAGCUUUCUUCAAAAAAGAUAUUAUACGAGCCAAUAAAGGAGCUGUACGAUAAGUAUCCUGCUUGGCUGGAAGCUCAUAAAACUGAUGAAAAAAUCUCCAAGGAAGAGUUUUCUAAUUAUCAGAAUCAAUAUAGUAUUGUGACGCUCAUCGUGGAGAGGUUUGACAAACAAAACUAUGAUGACAACAAUACUGAAGACAAGGAAUUCAUCUCUACGAAGUUAGAAGAGUUGCAAGAGCUGGGCAUGCCGCCCACAGAGCUUGCGAAUCAGGAUCUAAUGAAGAUACCAGGGUUUGGCGAUGGCGAUGGCGGGGUGGGAGGUCUAGAUCAAUUAGAUGGAUUACAAGGCCUGCAGGACCAGGACCUCCCGGAGGAUUUGAGCAAGGAAUUGGAUGAGACUUGUAAACAGCAGUGA